UUCUUUUUUUACGCAGUUUUCAUUUUAUUAAUAAGUAAUAUUCUUAUGCCGAAUUUCGUUUCACCGACUUGGAUGACUCAUUUGUCGCGGAAGCUUAGUCGAAAAACCAUAAAUAAAAUAUCGAAUAUGAUAUAGCGAUAAAUAUGAAACAAAAUCUAGAAAUUAAUCGAUGUAUAUUCGAGGAGAAAAUAAGUGCACUGCGCAAUGCGCAAUUUUCAAAUUCUCGCGCGUCGACCGCAGCGUCCUCUGUACACUUCCGCGUGGGAACCACGCGGGACGAAUGGCGUUUCCUGCUCUUUACGACGGCUGACACGCUUUGGCAAAGUCGAAUCCACAGAUAAAAUGGGUUUCCAAAACAUUUGGUACAGCCACCCCCGCAAAUACGGCCAGGGAUCCAGGUCCUGCCGUGCAUGCUCCAACCGACACGGUCUCAUCCGCAAGUACGGACUGAACAUCUGCCGUCAGUGCUUCAGGGAGUACGCUGCUGACAUCGGUUUCAAGAAGCUGGAUUAGAUGUUAAAAUUGGCUUGACUGAUUUUUUGAAAUAGUCAGAUCUCACAUUCAUCGUUUAUGAAUGUCCCAACUGUAUAUGGCAGAAAAUCAGUAAAACAGCUUUAAAAAACUUAA